GAAAAUGGCGUGAUAUGGGGAGAAUAAUUGCUGUGAUGUCUUCGUAUAUUUUUAAGUAACUAACUACAUGAGAGAAUCGCGAAACUGUUAGCUGCAAGAUAACACGCUGUCAGACAUGCCUGCCUUCCGCCAGGUGGGAGAAAAGCAGCUCCCCAAUCCUGUUUUGUUUAUGGUUUGGUCUCCGAAGAGGGACCUGAUUGCUCUCGCAAACAAAGCCGGUGAGCUGUUGUUGCACCGCCUCGCCAACUUCCAGCGUGUGUGGAGUCUGGCGCCCAGUGAGAACACAGGGAAGGAGAUCACCUCACUGGCCUGGAGGCCCGACGGCAAAAUUCUGGCCUUCAGCGUGGGUGACAGGAAGCUGGUGAUCCUGUGUGAUGCAGAGAAAGCCGAAAUCCUGCACAUGUUCCCCGUGGAGAACCCGGUCUCCUGCAUGCACUGGGUGGAUGUCCUGGAGGAGAGCAGCAUCCUCACGUCUUUCUAUAACUCUGAAGACGAGUCGAAUCUUUUCCUCCCCAAGUUACCAACGCUUCCAAAGAGCUACAGCACGACAUCAAAGAUAUUCAGCGAGGAGAAGUCGGACGAGAUCAUGAACCUUCUGGGUGAUGUUCGGCUCAACAUUCUGGUGCUGGGAGGAGGGUCGGGCUUUGUGGAGCUGUAUGCAUACGGAAUGUACCGGAUCGCCACUCUGACAGGGGUGCCCGGCACCUGCCGCAGCCUGUGCCUGUCCAGCGACCUGAAGUCCUUGUCUGUCAUCACAGAGAUUACGGCUACCGACCACGCUCCGGAGAUCACCUACAUCCAGCUCAACACUAGACUGCUCUCCGACUGUCUGCCAGAGGUGACGAGGAUGGCCCGCAAGUUCACCCACAUCUCCACCCUGCUGCAGUACCUGCGGUUGUCACUCACCUGCAUGUGCGAGGCCUGGGAGGACAUCCUUAUGCAGAUGGACCUUCGUCUCACCAAAUUCGUCCAGGAGAAGAACACGUGCACGCAGGUUCAGGAUGAGUUCUUGGAGCUGCUACUAUGGGGCAAAUCAAGUCCUGAGUUGCAGGCCCUUCUGAUGAACCAGCUGACAGUGAAGGGGCUGAAGAAGCUGGGACAGUCCAUCGAGUCAUCCUACUCCAGCAUCCAGAAACUGGUCAUCAGCCAUCUGCAGAGCGGCUCGGAAGCCCUGCUCUACCACCUGAGCGAGGUGAGAGGGAUGGCACUGUGGAAGCAGAAGUUCCAGCCCCUUGGCUUGGACUCCGCAGCUAUUGAAGAUGCCAUCACUGCUGUGGGGUCAUUCACAUUGAAGGCCAAUGAGCUUCUACAGGUCAUAGACAAGAGUAUGAAGAACUUCAAGGCCUUCUUUCGGUGGCUGUAUGUAGCAAUGCUACGUAUGUCCGAGGAUCAUGUGCCCCCAGAACUCAACAAGAUGACGCAGAAGGACAUUGCUUUUGUGGCAGACUUUCUGUCAGAGCACUUCAGUGAGAAUGAGGAGCUGUUUGACCGCAAGGGGAAGUACUUCAACGUGGAGCGGGUUGGCCAGUACCUUAAAGAUGAGGAUGAGGACCUGGUGUCCCCACCCAACACCAAAGGGAACCAGUGGCUCAGCUUUCUGCAGAAGAGCACACACCUGAAAGAGAGCCCCCUGCUGUUCGCCUCCUACCCCAAGAAGUCCAUGCACUACGUGAAGAGGCUGAUGGAGGGCGCCAUUGAGCUGUGUCUGCUGAAGCCUGCUGAGAUCAUUGGGAAGUCAGUGAAGCAGUCGAUCUGCAUGCCUCUUUAUGUCCUCUCUGAAAGCUCAGCAGAUGCUCCGAGGCUCUUUGAAUUGCCUUCACUGUGGAAUGAUAAGAAGACGGGUAUGCAUUAUGUUGUCUUCACUAUGCCAGAAGCCUCCCCCUGUCAGCUGUACCUGCUGAGGAGAAGUACCAACCCUGACCUGGAGGUUCCUAACAGUCUCCUGGCUGUUGACUUGACCAGCAUCCUUAACACCAGUAUUGAUGACAGUGUCGAAUCUGCGCGCUAUGGUUGCCUGGAUGCACGUUUCUAUGAUGACGAGACCCUGACUGUGGUGCUGCAGGAGACGGGAGAGGAGGAGAGCAGUGGGCGUGUCUUGGCCCAGCUGCCCCUGGCCUCCGCCCUCUGCUGUGAGGAGGAAUUCAGCUGGGACCUCUCGCUCAGGCUGGACCAGCAACCACCUCCCCCGGCCCAGGGGCUGGUUCUGGAGAACCAGUGGCGGAUCCUGGAGAACAUGAAGGCCCAGUAUGUCGCCGUGAAUGGGAUCCGCAAAGUGGCAUGCGUGCUGAGUGCUAACCUGCGCCACGUACGCGUUUUUGAGAUGGAUGUGGAGGAUGAGGAGGACGAGGACAGGCCCGAGUCGCAGGACGUCAGCGCUGACCCAGAGCAGCUGGAGGAGACAUUGCCCAGCCAGGGGGAGGGAGUGGGGAUGGCGGCAGAGCCUCUGACAGAAGGGGAGGGGUUAGAUGGCGAGCAGAGCUCUGGAGCAGCUCUGGAGCUGAGCGAGGAACCAGGGUCGAGUUCGGACACUCUGUGACCUCACGCCGACCCCCGGGAGCAGCACCCCCGCACCUCACACACAGAGCUUCCAUUCCAAUAGGCCAUUUCCACAGGUGCUGAAACUGAUUGAAUACAUAUUCCAUUAUAGCCUCUGUUGUUUUCUACAUGCAAUCCGGUCCGCACGGGUUACAUUCCCCCCUCAGCCCAGCUCAGUUUCUAUUCCACUGCAUCGCUUGGUGAUUUUAGACCCUUCUGGAGUAGGAAUCCACAACACAAACCCGCAACCGCCUCUCCUUAAAUCAUUUGUGUUCAUGCGGUCCUGGUAUGGACCCACCCUCCCAACAAUUUUAUAUGCAGAGGCUGCCAGCAAACCAUUCCUGCCAGUCAAAUAGCUGCUCCCAGCAAUUCUCUUGCCACCAGCAGGGGGCAGUGUGGAGGACACCAUGUGCUGGAAUGGAACGUGUGUUUUUUUACUAAGCCCAGCGAAAAUGGCCUUUGGCAUGUGGGCCGCUCCUUCCCCAGUAGAGUGCGGGCAGUUUCUCCCUCAUCCCGCCACUGUCACAGCCUGCGUCAUUCGGGACUCCUCUGUCUCCCACGACGUGUCGCAUAAAUUCACCCUGUGACUGUC